GUGCUGAAAGUGUGCCUGGCAUCGCACAAUCUCUAGUCUUCUAAAAUCACAUCAAUAUUUACUAUUUUAAAAGAAGAAAAUACGUUAUAAGUUAAAUAAACUAAUAAGAAAAGAGAGAGAGAUUACGCUAGUCAGCGUUAAUAUCGGAACAGGAUUAUAACAAAACAAGUACAAAAAUAACACUUAUUAUCAAUUUGCAUGUAAUAAAAAUCAAUUCCCAUCAAUUCUAAUUAAUGUAAAUCUAUUGUAGACUAAUGUAAGUCUUUUCUGCAACAUAUCAGUCACGAAUACACAAUGCUUUUACCACUGGUAUACUUCAACAUAGCCACGGAGGACAAGCCGUUGGGCCGAAUUAUUAUGCGAUUGCGAACUGAUAUUGUGCCAAAGACAGCAGAAAAUUUUCGUGCCCUUUGUACGGGGGAAAAGGGCUUUGGUUACAAAGGGAGUUACUUUCAUCGCAUAAUUCCCAAUUUCAUGUGUCAAGGAGGUGAUUUCACCCAUCACAAUGGUACUGGCGGAAAGUCCAUCUAUGGAGAAAAAUUCGAGGAUGAGAACUUUGAUCUCAAGCACACUAGCGAUGGUUUACUGUCAAUGGCAAACUCUGGUCCGAACACGAAUGGCUCACAAUUCUUCAUUACUACCUCGAAAACAACUUGGUUGGAUAAUAAACAUGUGGUAUUUGGCACCGUUAUUGAAGGGAUGGACGUUGUAAAGAAAAUGGAAAGUUACGGCUCGACAAGUGGAAAGACAUAUCAAAAGAUCAUGAUAGCAGAUUGCGGCCAAUUAUCUGAGUAUGAUUACUAAUAUUAAUUUAUUAGUUUUGAAGAGAACAAUUUUAUAACUUUUUUUACUUGUGCAGGUUAUUAUUAUAUAAAUGUUAUUGCAAUUAUUAUAUAAAUAUUCGUGAUAUUUAAGUAUUAUAAUAUUAUAAUAUAGAUUGCAAUUAAAAUCGAAAAGUAAUCAUAAGUUCUCCUCUCUUAACACUGAGAACAUAUAAUUAUAUCUUAUCAAUAAUUAUUUAUUUACAUUAAUAACAUUAGAUCUAAAAAAAUAGAAUUACAUUCAUUAUAUCAUAAACUCGAUUUAGGCUGCUAUUAAUUAUUUCAAUAUGUAAAAUAAACAUUACGUGUUUUUUA